AUGCUGCGUUUACUUUGGAUCCUGCAAAUGCUGCUGGUACUCGUUGUCCUGGCGAAUGCUUCAGGAUCCAGCAAGACCCAUUCUCAUCGCUAUUUGCUGAGCCCCUAUAGAGCGCAGCACAAUCCAAGGACACAGAUGGAUUACAAACGAAGUGCUAGUGCGAAAAGUAAGGAUCAGGCGGAGGUAUCAAAUGAUACACCGCAUUUCGGGACCUCCAAGGAGCCCAUAGUAAGGCUGACCAAAUCCGGAAGGAAGGUGCAGCUGCAUUUCCUAAUGGUUCGGCUCUAUCAGCACAACAAGUUCAUCUGCAUGGGAACUAUAAUAUCCGAGAAGCUGGUAAUAACCGCAUCCACCUGUUUCGAUGAAGGAGGAAACGAUCUGGUGUCGAUGAAGAUGUACAACGACAAAGUGCUCGAUGGGCACAAGAUCCCAGUGAACAGGACUUUCCUCAAAGGUGCCGAUCCUCUGCUGAUCGCCAUCGAACUAAACACCGCCCCGCCCAAUUCCAGUGUAUUGGGCGACACAGUGAAGCUCUGCGAUACGGAACUUCAGAACUACAGUCCCGUCGAACUGCCCCUGUGGAUUCGGAGUCGCCACAGUAUUCACUCGCAGAUAACGUACGUCAAGCCCAUCCAGGAGUGCCGGCAUCGCCUAAAGGAUCCCAGGGGCGUUGUGGCCACCGGUUCGAUGAUCUGCGCCAGGAACAUGAAGUACACGGCCAAGUGCCAGAAUGCCGUGGGGAAUCCUUUAAUUUACCGCGAAGAAAUCUGUGGCAUCAACGUGGCGGGCCACAAUUGCCCCGCCUUCACGGGAGUCGAUCUGUACAUUCGAGUCUACGAUGCCCUCGAGUUCUCUAUUAAAGGCAUGGAAAUCAUUAAAAGCUCCCAUAUUGAAGAUACAAUAUUGUAAUGUCAAAUAAAUAUUUACAAUUGAUUUCUUUAAAGUUUAA